AGGUUUUAAUGCGCGGAUCUAAUUGCUGCGUUUGCCGCGCUUGCUGCAAUUACGUCUGCCACUGCAAAGCCGCGCUCCAUAUAAGCGCCAGCCUCGACACAGAUCGGCACCACUGGCUGAACGAAUCGCAGCUGCCAACAUGCGUCUCCAUCUGCUCGUAGCCCUGGCCCUGACCCUUCUGGCCGUAUUGCAAUUGGCCACAGCUCGAGUGGCGUCCUAUCAGGAUGUGGUGCAGCAUCAUCGCUCGAGCACGGCGGCUAGCUUGGCUGGCGUUCCGUCCGGACAGCCGCCGCAGCACGGUGGCCCCCCACCACCGCCGCCACGCACCACCACAGCCGCCAGCUCGGGCUGAGCUUGGCGCUGACCCAAACAAUUGACCCGGAGGACUACGAAAACCACAUAUAAACAAAGCUAACUCUUUUAUCCUCGCACCGUAUUGUACAUAUGUCACACUUUAAUAAAUCGAAUGUAGCGAAAAGCAA